GUCUGGCAGAAACACAAUACUGGCCGCGUCCUAAUAAUUAAAUCCACCCUCCUUUCCUAUGCUACGCCCUUAAUUUUGCCUGAUCUUGUAAUCAUGUGGAUCCACCUCUUCUUAUAAUCUACAACCGCUGUGGUCUUUAAGGGUUCGCCUGUAGUUGGUACGCCAUCCGCCAUUAAUACGAACGAAGAAGAGGAAGAAGAAGUCUUUAAGGUUUUUUUUUUUCCAGAUUAGGCAAAAUCGAGGCAGGUCGCUGAAAAUAGGAGCCUUCGCGCUACAAUUGGGACGCAGCCACAGAGUAAAGAAACACACAGAGCGCUUCACGGCGGUGGACAGAAGAUAGUUUGAUGGAAAAAUGUCAGCGGUGCCUGACGGCAAGAAGCUGGUCCGCAGCCCGAGCGGACUCCGCAUGGUGCCGGAGAACGGAGCGUUCAACAGCCCGUUCUCGCUAGACGAGCCGCAGUGGGUGCCGGAUAAAGAGUGUGCCAGAUGCAUGCAGUGUGACACCAAGUUUGACUUCAUCACCAGGAAACACCACUGUCGGCGGUGUGGUCGGUGUUUCUGUGAUAAGUGCUGCAGUAAGAAGGUGGCUCUUCCCAGGAUGUGUUUUGUGGACCCGGUCAGACAGUGUGCGGAGUGCAGCCUCAUCUCCCAGAAAGAGGUGGAGUUCUACGAUAAACAGCUGAAAGUGCUCAUGGCCGGGGGCACGUUCUUGGUCACAGUUGGCUCCUCAGAGAAAUCAGAGACCAUGGCGUGUCGUCUGGCAAACAACCACAGAUACCUGUUCCUGGAUGGAGAGAGUCAUUUCGAGGUGGAGCUUUCUCGGAUCUCCACCAUGCAAGUGCUGACGGAGGGCUCCACCCCCGGGGAGAAAGAUAUUCAUACUUACACCACUCUUCUGGACAGUCAAUAUAUAUCUGAAGGCGGUAUGUCCCGUGCCACUGGCAUGCUGCUGCAGUACAAGCCUCCUGGCUCUCAGGACCCACAGCAGCUUCGCAUGGAGGCAGCUGAGGACAAGAGGACCGCCUCGGCCUGGCUGGCCGCCAUGCACAAGGCUGCCAAGUUGCUUUACGAGUCAAGGGACCAGUAAAAUGACCAAGGUGAAGGCCAAGGGCAGAGUGAUGAACGGAAAGAGUCGAGAGAAGAGAGAGAAAAAGAGAGAGAGAGAGAGAGAGAGAGAGAGAGAGAGCGCACACCUUCCUGUGCGUUUAUUAUGUUAUCAAGUCUCACAUGUAUUCCGAGAUGCCUACAUGCUUUCUAUUGGAAUUCUCUGCUUUCUGCUCCCUGAUCAGAAGGACGGGAUAGGUCACGCCACCCUGUCCGUCUCUCCAAAAAGGGAGGACCAAGUUAAUCACUGAUCCUAGUGCAAUAUAAAUAUAUAGAGUAUGUAUAUAUAUAUCUGCACACACUCUACAAGUAAUAUGUUUAAGUGUAGUCUGCCAUUAUGGAUUUUUUUCUAAAACAAAAAACAAACAAAAAAAAUCUGUCAGAUAUUCCUAUUUUAACACGAAGUGUGGUGCGUCUACUUUUUACUGCCAAUGCAUUCACGAAGAAUUUUGUAACUCUUUGUACGUUUUUUUUUUUUUUUUGCCCUCCUUUACACUACAAAAAGUGGCUGAUGUGAUCGUUCAGUGUGUUGCACAAGUUCCUUUUUCCAAACACGGUGCAGUUGUGCUUUUACUGACCGACCCAACCAAGUGCCCAUUUCUCUUCCCCCCAAACUUCCCAACAGUUGAAUACAACACUAAUAUUCAGUGCUUGUUAUAUAUAUACAUAUACAUACUGAUGCCUUGUUUCUACACUUUCUGUCCAUUUUUGUUCAGCUCCACAAAUCAUAUAGCAUAUGUCUAUAUACAUAUAGCAUAGCAUAUAUGAUUAUACUCUAUAUAAUUACAGUACUUAUCCUUUUGUUUCUCUAAAUACAUUAUUGUAGUCAUUUCACCCUUUCAUUUCUUCAAUGGUCAGGACCCCACAGGAUAGAAAACCACCACAGAGCAGCGUUUGCUAUUAUUAUUAUUAUUAUUAUUAUUAUUGUUGUUGUUUGGGUGGUGGCGUGUUAAGGCCAACUUAUAGUCAAUGUAAAAAGUUUAUUUAUUUCAGGUCGUUUUGAAGAGUUUCUAUUGGUCCGUUCAUCAAGAAAUUUUGGCACAGUGUGAGGGACAGUUCAUCUGUUCAAAUUAUGUUGUAAACUAAAAAUCGACAAAAAUGGAGAUAAGUGUUUUUCAUAGGACAGCGAUGAUAUGAUAUGAUACGGCACACAAGAAUUUUAUCAUCAGAUUCUCUGCACAGAUGUAAUCUCUUAGUCUUUAGUAGAAACAUAAUGAGAAAUAAGAACAGUGUAAAUUUUUCAUUUAAUAAAAAAAACAGUAAAUAGAACCCCCAGGUGAUAAUUAGGGGUGAUAUGGUGAUAUGGCGCCAUAUUUCUGGGUAUAAUAUCAUCGUUCACCAUAUUCAAAAAUGUUGGCGAUAUUAUUGCAUAUUGCAAUUCGAUACCGAAUCAUAAAUUAGCGUUUAGUGUUUGCUGCGCUGGUACAGUGAGUGGAUGAGGUGCAGCAGCAGUGCUGCUGGAGUUUUUAAACACCUCACUACUGAGGAAAUUUGAGAAUAAUCCAUCAACCAGAAAUAUCCAACCAACACGUCCUGUGAGCACUGAUGAUGAAGACUGUAAACUGUGCAGCAGCAGAUUCAGAUCUUCUGUCUCUGAUUUUACUUUAUCUAAAAGGUGUUUCAGCUGUAGGUAGGAGUGUUUUAAUAGAGUGGAAACACCUAUAUGUUAAUUGGAGCUGAAAGAAUGGACAGGUGAGUGUGGAGCAUGCAUCAGCAUGAAUUAAUAAUACUCUGAUCUGACUGUGUGUGUAUGUGUGUGUGUACAUAUAUAUGAAGGCUGACUCGAAUGAUUGAUUGAAGUCUGAAGAACUUCCAUUCAAACGGAUGAGAUGUUAGUCCAGCACUUUAGUUUUACCUCGGGAGCAAUUUCUGUUUCAUUUUACUCUUCCGUUUUUUAUGGAUGGGUCAUAGUUGUCCACUUUAUCUCACGUAAGGAACAGCUUUUGAUUUUAAUUGGCUUAAAAUUGAUAUUUGCUCUGACCAGGCCUGGAGUCUCACCGUUACAGCUCAUCUGUCAGAAUAUUGCUUACGUUGCUUUUGUGAAAUUUCUGUCUGAAGGCUCGCGUGUGAAUCCACGGUCAGUAUUCCAGAGAAAGCUCCUCUCUGAGUCAGAUCCGUUUUCUUUCCCCCCUCCCAUCCAGAGAAAAUCUCCUCCAGCGAUUUUUGUAUCUGUUUACAAAUAUAUGUGCAUGUUUUUUUUUUUUUUUUCUUUUGACCGUAUCUAAAGCUGAUUAAAUCAGUUCUUUGUAACUGG